GUGGCAAGUCAGACAAGUGGCAGGCUGGAGGAGGCGGCGGCGUGAUUUUGUAGCGCUCACUUUGUAUGGAAGCUAAAGGCGAAGUCUGUCUCGUCGACCCUGGAAGAAGCUCCGUUCUGCCCCGGUGACCGGACCCUCCGCUGUUCUGUGAACUACCGCACACAUUUUACGGAAGGCCACCGCCUCGUCUGUAAGUGAUGAAGAAACGCGCUCUGCUGCUCAUUGUGCUUCUUGGCGUUGCACACUUGUCUCCUGUCAGGUGUGAAGAGGAAGAUGAUCCGGAGGAAAAUGAAGAGCUUGAGGAAGACUCUGAUGACGAGGAAGAUGACGACACAGAGGUCAAAGAUGAGAACGGCGUUUUGGUCCUCACCGAUGGAAACUUUGACACAUUCAUGGAAGGGAAAGACACCGUCCUAGUGGAGUUCUACGCGCCCUGGUGUGGCCACUGCAAACAGUUUGCACCCGAGUAUGAGAAGAUUGCCCAGGCACUGAAGGAGAACGACCCUCCGAUACCUGUGGCUAAAGUGGACGCCACCGAAGCCAAGACUGUGUCCGGCAGGUUCGACGUGUCCGGUUAUCCCACCAUUAAGAUUUUUAAGAAUGGAGAGCCGGUGGACUAUGAUGGAGCGCGGACUCAGGACGCCAUCGUUGCCCAGGUGAAGGAAGUGUCUCAGCCGGAUUGGAAGCCGCCUCCUGAGGCCACUCUGGUUCUGACUGAGAAGAACUUUGAUGAAGUUGUUAAUGAUGCCGACAUCAUCCUGGUGGAGUUCUACGCCCCAUGGUGUGGACACUGCAAGCGUUUGGCUCCGGAGUACGAGAAGGCGGCGCAGGACCUAAGCCAGCGCACGCCUCCCAUCCCUCUUGCCAAAGUGGACGCCACCACUGAGAACGAGCUUGCCACACGCUUCGAGGUGACCGGUUACCCCACGCUGAAGAUUUUCAGGAAGGGGAAGGUGUUCGACUACAACGGACCUCGGGAGCGAUUUGGUAUCGUGGACCACAUGAGCGAGCAGGCUGGUCCUCCAUCCAAGCAGGUUCAGGCUGUUAAACAAGUGCAGGAGCUCAUCAAGGACGGAGACGACGCCGUCAUCGUGGGUUUGUUCAGCAGCGAGGAGGACAAAGACUUUGAGCUUUUCCAGGAGGCCUGUAACAGUCUGAGAGAAGACUUCACCUUCCGACACUCCUUCACGGCUGAAGUGGCCAAACUGCUGAAAUCCUCACCUGGUAACGUAGUCAUUGUCCAGCCUGAAAAGUUCCGCUCCAAGUUUGAGCCGGCCUCCCACCAACUCAAGCUGGAGGCUUCAACACAGGUAUCAGAGAUCCAGGACUUCUUCAAACAGCAUGUGGUUCCUCUGGUGGGCCACAGGAAGCCCAGUAAUGAUGCCAAACGCUACACUAAGAGACCACUGGUGGUGGUGUACUAUGGUGUGGACUUCAGUUUCGACUACAGAAAAGCCACACAAUUUUGGAGGUCCAAGGUGCUGGAGGUGGCCAACGACUUCCCUGAGUACACGUUUGCAAUCGCCGAUGAGGAAGACUACGCCGACGAGCUGAAGAGCCUGGGCCUGAGUGAAAGUGGGGAAGAAGUGAACGUGGCCAUCCUGGCAGACGGCGGGAAAAAGUUCGCCAUGGAGCCCGAGGAGUUGGACUCGGACGUGCUCAGGGACUUCGUCACAGCAUUCAAGAAAGGUAAACUGAAGGCCAUCGUCAAGUCUCAGCCAACGCCGAAGAACAACAAGGGGCCGGUGAAGGUGGUGGUGGGAAACACCUUCGACCAGAUCGUCAUGGACACGCAGAAGGACGUGCUGAUCGAGUUCUACGCCCCCUGGUGUGGUCACUGUAAGAAACUGGAGCCCGAGUAUGUGGCUCUGGCCAAGAAGUACAAGUCGGAGAAGAACCUGGUCAUCGCCAAGAUGGAUGCCACGGCCAACGAUGUGCCGCACGACAGCUACCAAGUCUCCGGGUUCCCGACGAUAUACUUGGCUCCGAGCAACAACAAGCAGAAGCCCAUCAAGUUCGAGGGUGGUCAGAGAACGGUGGAUGAUUUCAGCAAGUUCCUGGAACAGCAUGCCACCAAGUUGACACGAACCAAAGAGGAACUUUGAGAGGUUCUGCUGAGAACUUAAGAACUUUGAGAGCAGCGGUGAAGGGACCGGCAGCAGUUACUGAGUUGUCAAGGUGAUUUGUCUUUUAGUUUCUGUUCAAGGGACUGUUUCUAAUUUGGAAAAGCAUGUGAGCACUGACCAAUCUUUUUAAAUAAACCAGGACCA